CCAUCGCAUCCCCACCAGAAGCUUCGUAGUCGAGCUACCGGCUUGCGAAGGUUCCACAUCGCAGCGUGCCGGCCUCUGCACUUCAAGCUUCCAACCACCACCCCUCACAAAGCCAUCCGCACCACCAAUUGGGCCUUCAGCAAGCACCUACUACGUCCUACUCCACAAGUCUUGUGCCUUCCUUCACCCCUCCCCAAAGCAGCAUGAGCGCAGACGACGAUCGACAAAAGCAGCAUGGCGAGCAUGGCCAUCACGAGCAUCGAAGACGCCGCGCUGGCUUGGCCUCUGCUCUCGGCGCCAUUGUGACCCGCACCAGCGGUUCAGCAAGCUCCGUACCCAACUUUGGCCGCUCUUACCGCGAGCACCCUGAACAUCCGACCAAGACCGCGCCUCACACUCAGGUCCACCCGGAUUACGAGCAUGCAGAGAAGCCUAGUAGCACGCAUACCAGACAUGCAAGGGCUGCACCAGCCUCUUCGACCAUCACCCCCGAAACCUCUACCAGACGUCUGGCUCAGAUUGCUCUUCAGUUGGGAAGCGCUACGUCCACUGCUACCCAGUCACUCAUUCGUACGUCUCCUGCUGGAUCGAGGCGCGGCGAGUGGCGUCACCUACCAGCCUAUAAAGACUUGCCUACUGAGGGCGGCUACCCUGGAUGUGCCUGGUCCGUAUGGGGCAAGGGCGACGUUCUGGGCACAGUCAAUAUGCUGACCCCCGAGCUCGUGCUCCGCACAUCCAAAGAGGAGGUCAGAACGGGCGUGACUAUCCCUCUGAACUGGUCGUUCAACAAGCCCGAGCUGCCCUUGUUCGGUCGUUGCGCAGUUUCGCAUACCACUGUGACUAAGUCGGGACCUGCAGUCAUCGACAAGCGCAAAGCAGUCAAGAGUGCUCUAUAUAGCAAGGGCGUGUUUGUGGAAGACAGGAGCGAUCCGUCAAAGCCUGAAGAAAUGCCUAUGGCAGAUGAAGAGAUCCACUUCAACACUCAGUCAGGCUCCCAGUGGGACGGUUUCUUGCACUUUGGUCAUCUCGGUCUCAACUGCUUCUACCAAGGCAUCAAAAAGUCGGACAUUGCCUGGGGUAAGCAGGAUAACAGUCAAGCGGCGAACAGCCCGCUUGCCAGACCAGGUAUCCAUCACCUUGCAAACCAUGGAAUCGUCGGCAGGGGCGUGCUGCUGGAUGUAUACGGCUACCUCUCUGAGAAGAAUGGCGGACGCGCACCUUACGAUCCGAUGACCACGCGCGCAAUCACUCUCUCAGAGCUUCAAGAGUGCGCUCGAGCUCAGGGCGUACGCUUCCACAAGGGUGAUAUUUUGCUCAUCAGGACGGGGUUCAUCGAUCGGUACAAUCGCAGUUCUUUCGAGGAGCGGAAGAGGUGGAGCGCCAAUCCUGGCCAAGAACAGCUGGCCGGUGUGGAACAAGGAGAGCAUGUGGCUGAAUGGAUUUGGAAUAAUCACUUCGCGGCAGUCGCUGGCGAUGCCCCGGCCUUCGAAUCUUGGCCACCUCGCCCAGAGGAGCAAUUCCUGCACGAAACUCUGCUCGGGAUGUUCGGAUGCCCCAUUGGAGAAAUGGUGGAUCUGGAGAAACUGGUAGCGCACUGUCGUCUGACCCGCCGAUGGACCUUCUUGUUCGCUUCCUGGCCACAAAAUCUGCCAGGAGGCAUCGCUUCGCCAUUCAACGGCAGCGCCGUGUUCUAGGUCCCUUGUCCGCUCGGCACUUUGCUCGACUUCCCGCGAUGUUGCUCUGCUCCCUGAAACGACGCUCCAUUUGCAGCUUCUGUUUAUCCCACGUUGCUCUCGUUGGCAAGUGCGCGGACGCUGCUUUCCACCAGCUGACCGUCGCGUGCGAGCCUUCGAAUCCAGAUCAAUGCACAUUUAUUUGUCACGCAGUCCAAGCUUCUCGCU